AUGCCGCAGGCAGGUGGUUCCAACGCCGCAGGCAGGUGGUUCCAACGCCGCAGGCAGGGGUUCCAACGCCGCAGGCAGGUGGUUCCAACGCCGCAGGCAGGGGGUUCCAACGCCGCAGGCAGGGGUUCCAACGCCGCAGGCAGGGGGUUCCAACGCCGCAGGCAGGGGUUCCAACGCCGCAGGCAGGUGGUUCCAACGCCGCAGGCAGGUGGUUCCAACGCCGCAGGCAGGGGUUCCAACGCCGCAGGCAGGGGUUCCAACGCCGCAGGCAGGGGUUCCAACGCCGCAGGCAGGGGUUCCAACGCCGCAGGCAGGGGUUCCAACGCCGCAGGCAGGGGUUCCAACGCCGCAGGCAGGGGUUCCAACGCCGCAGGCAGGUGGUUCCAACGCCGCAGGCAGGUGGUUCCAACGUCCCAGGCAGGUGGUUCCAACGCCGCAGGCAGGUGGUUCCAACGCCGCAGGCAGAUGGUUCCAACGCCCCAGGCAGGUGGUUCCAACGCCGCAGGCAGGUGGUUCCAACGCCGCAGGCAGGUGGUUCCAACGCCGCAGGCAGGUGGUUCCAACGCCGCAGGCAGGGGUUCCAACGCCGCAGGCAGGUGGUUCCAACGCCGCGGGCAGGGGGUUCCAACGCCGCAGGCAGGGGUUCCAACGCCGCAGGCAGGUGGUUCCCACGCCCCAGGCAGAUGGUUCCAACGCCGCAGGCAGGUGGUUCCAACGCCGCAGGCAGGGGUUCUAACGCCGCAGGCAGGUGGUUCCAACGCCGCAGGCAGGUGGUUCCCACGCCCCAGGCAGAUGGUUCCAACGCCGCAGGCAGGGGUUCCAACGCCGCAGGCAGGUGGUUCCAACGCCCCAGGCAGGUGGUUCCAACGCCGCAGGCAGGGGUUCUAA